UUGAACACAGAGAGUAACAUUGCUGAACAAGAACAUUUGACAAAUGAUCAAGAACCUUUAGGACCUUACUCGAGAGAAAAUAUAGUCGGAAGAAAAAAGAAAAAAACGUCAGAUGAUGGCACAAGCGAACUGUUAACCACAUUAAACAAGUGUAUUGAAACUCGCAAAAAUAAGGAGGAUAUUUUGGAACAAGAUGAGGACAGAAUGUUCCUGAUGUCCCUAUUAUCAUCAUUUAGGGCAAUUCCGGAGCACAAAAAGUCAGCUGCGAAAAUUCAAUUAAUCAGUGUAAUCGAAUCAUUCCGAUCCUCUACUCAAAAUAAUAUAUAUCCAAACACAAUGUGGCGAAAUUUUAAUGAGUACGAGUAUGAGCGUGGUUACUUCACACCGGAGGCCGGGCGUUCAACAGCACCAAGUCAACAAUCACGCCCUGAAGCACAACAUUAUUAUACGCUACCAACUUCAACUCCUUCAGAACGUGAACGCCCAGAGUCGCGAUUUUCUACUGUCACUUCAAAUACCUCGCAAGAUUCUGACAUUUUGGAUCUAUUUUGA